CGUCAAUCAUUCCACCACAGCGUUCGGCUUCGUCUGCGUUAAUUGUAUCGCUUUUGGUUCCUCGGCAUACCUGCAGGCAGGAGCCAGAUUUCACUGCAUCUCAGCACGUUAUUGACGCCCACGGACUACUUGAAACCGCCUUCUUUUUUCCGUCAUUGAAUUGCAGUACCACUCCGCCCCGUUCGCAGGUCAAAACCAAACGAAGAUGUUCAAGAAGAAGCCCCAGAUCAAGAACCUGUCUCCUCUGAGAUCCUCGGAUCGUCGAAAACUAGCCGACCAGAUCAUCGCAGACUACAAAGUGCAUGUUCCGACGUUAGCAGAAAUCGAUCCUUCUGCCCCCUCCGAGGAAGUCAAGGCAGCCACCGCUUCGAGCAAUCCUACUCCAGCCCUCUCAUCGAUCCGAACAUCUCUCGUCCCCGAGACGUGUCUCUCUGCUCGAUUCACGACUCAUGCCGGUGCCAACGCCACCUUGGUGACAGGGACGGUGUAUGUUGGUGCCUACCCAGGACAAGAAGAGAGGAUAUUAUGGAUACAGUAUGGCAAAGACUCAAGAUUAUAUCCUACUGUAUACACACUAUGGCACAAUCCAGGCUUAGUACCGCUCUUACACACGCCAGAUUUCGUGGUUGAGAAACUUCGAACGGGCGCAGAUUUGAUGACUCCAGGUCUUUUCGGUGGACCACCAUGGCCAGAAGCCGCGAAACCAGGAGCGGUUGUGGCUGUUGCUGCAUUGGAAAGACCCAGUGUACCGGUUUGGGUGGGAACAUGCAAGAUCGAUAUAUCCAGCUUGGGUCGAGUACAGGGAGCCAAGGGUGCCGCGGUCGAAGGAGUCCAUUGGGAAGGCGAUGAGAUCUGGAACUGGAGUCACACUGGCAGUGGCGGAAGAGCUGCACCAGACAGGAUCGAAGACUGGGAGCUGGAGAUCAAAGGCGCCGAAGAGGGUGUGGCGGACCUGAAUCUCGAUGAGGAUGAGGAUGCCCAAGAGGACGGAGGUGUUGCCCUGGAUCCUACAACUGUUGCUGACCAAAUUGGCCAGAAUGCGGCUAAUGGGUCGAUGGAAGACCACGGGGCCGAAGAAGAGCCCGAGCAAGAGCCAACCACCGCAGAAGUCGACGAAGCCUUUCUCCAAGCCUUCAUUUACGCCGUGCACAACGCGAAACAGGAAGGUGAACCUCCGCACUACGGGAUCGAUUUUCCCAUCCAGCCUUCAUUUCUGAUAGCGAAUAUGGUACAGCCUCAUCUACGCUUUCCAAAUCAGCAUUACACGAUCAAGAAGACAUCAUGGAAGAACACCAAAAAGUUCAUCAAAUAUUUGGACAAGACACUAUUGGUUAAAUCCAAGGACAGGAAUGGCGGCGAGACGGUCAUUCUGGACAUUGACUUCGAUGACGAAAAGAUCCGCAGCUUCACACCAUACAAACUCCCUAAACCGAAGCUUCAGCAUACGAGUGUUAUGAAUGACGGCGCUCAGCCACCAGCUAAUGGCGGUGCUGAUCCAUCACUGGGCCAAAAGCUCAGCAUACAAACGGUCUACCGGGCUUCUGGCAAACUCGUGCCGGAUCUCAUUCCCUCCAAAACGACAUUUUACACGUCCUCGCAGAUCUCCGGUUUCCUGAAGAAGUACAUUGAAAACAAUCCCGAAAUAACAACAGAUACUUCCUCUCCACGCUAUGUCAAACUUGACCCUUUCAUUGCCAACAACGUCCUCUCCUCCAAUCCCUCGGCCAGCGACACACGGGCGCUUGCUGCAGGAGAGAUAGCCCGGGAUGCACUUCUGAAACGCGUGCUUGAGGACUCACAUCUCUGUUUACCGCACUGGCUUCUGCUACGAAAUACUCAGACCUACGACCCGGACAAUCCCGAUCCGGCUUUGAAACCGAGAUCCGGCCCACCACCGCAUGUGAGCAUCGUUCUCGAAAAGCGAUCGGGGACCAAAGUGGCCACAAAGAUCUCCGGGCUCGAAGUGUUCGGCAUAAAUCCGCAGAUCCUCGGCCCAGAACUGCAGAAGAAAUGUGCGGGUAGUGCAAGUGUCGGUCAACAUGUCGGCGGCAAGCCAGGGAUGAUGGAGAUUCUGGUCCAGGGUGAUCAGAGAGAUGUGGUCGAGAAGGAACUAGGAAGAAGAGGUGUCGACAAGCGCUGGGUGAUUGUGGACGACAAGACGAAGAAGAAAAAGAAAUGAAUAUGAACAUGAACAUGAACGCGAAAGGAAAGCCUAGGUAGCGACUAUGUAACGGAAAAAAAGAAAAGGAAAACCUACCAUAUCGGCUUUUCCGUUAGCAAAGCUC